UACGCUCUGACAAAACAAAUGGCUCUGCUUCCUGCAGGCCACCUAAACAGCCAUCGCAAUGUUGGCAUUGAUCAAGCCAGCUGCCAGGGCAGCCAGGCACUGGUCUCGGGUACCAGCGCCCAGCUUGGGAGCCCUCUCCAAUAGCUUUGGCCACAGGGAAGCAGCUGCUGCGGCUGUGGGGAGAAGUGCUUGUCCUCACACAUGUUGCUUCUGGGACAAGUGUCUGUUUUCUGUGUGUAAUUCUCUCAGCGUCUCCUCCCUAAGUCUCUGUCUCUCUUUAUCUGUCUGUCUCAGCCUCCCAUCCCUGCCACCUCUUUCCACCAUCUCCCUGUUCCCAUCAUUUCUAAUCUGUCCUCUAGGGCUCCAGGGCAGUCAGUGCUCCGCGGGCUGCCCACCCUCGCUGCCAAGCUCCAGGCUCAUGCCUGCUGCCCUCUGGGUGCCUGGCGUGCGACUGUCUCUACAGCCGCUGGCUGAGUGUGCUUUCUUCUCUGAGCCCUCACAUCCUGGGAUCCUGGAGGCCCUGAGCUGAGGAGCCAACAGAAUGCCUGGCUUGCUGAACCGCAUCACAGGGGCAAAUCUGCCUCUCACCGUGUCUGAUGUCACCUCCUAUGUCAGCGGCUAUGCCCUGGGGCUCACGGCCUCCCUCACCUACGGCAACCUGGAGGCUCAACCCUUCCAAGGUCUGUUCGUGUAUCCGAUGGACGAGCAUACCACAGUGGUUGGUUUUGAGGCAGUCAUUGCUGACCGUGUUGUCACCAUACAAAUCAAAGACAAAGCCAAGCUGGACAGAAGCCACUUGGAUAUCCAGUCUGCCACUGUCACAGGGAACAUUCCACACGAUGGGGUUCCCAUCGCCCCUCAUUCCUGCACACCGGGAAAGGUGGCCUUGGAUGAGGAUCUGGAGCGGAUUCUGUUCGUGGUCAACCUGGGGACCAUUGCUCCCAUGGAGAAUGUCACCAUCUUCAUCAGCACCUCCUCGGAACUCCCCACGCUGCCCAGCGGGGCUGUGAGGGUCCUCCUGCCAGCGAUCUGUGCCCCGACUGUGCCUCAGCUCUGCUCCCACAGCUCCGGCUCCUCCAGACAACAGGCUCAAGGCAAAGACCCACACUGCUAUGGCAUCCAGACUGUGGACUCCUGGAAUGGGCUGUGUCUGGCCACCCUCCUGGAUACAGAGGUGACCAACCCAAUGGAAUAUGAAUUCAACUUUCAACUAGAGAUCCGUGGGCCAUGUCUGCUUGCAGGGGUGGAGAGUCCCACUCAUGAAAUCCGAGCAGACGCCGCCCCGUCUGCACACUCGGCCAAGAGCAUCAUCAUCACCUUGGCCAACAAACACACCUUUGACCGGCCAGUGGAGAUCCUCCUCCACCCUAGUGAACCCCACAUGCCACACAUCCUGGUGGAGAAAGGGGACAUGACCCUGGAGGAGUUUGAGCAGCACUUGAAGGGGAAAGCGGAUUUCAUCCGGGGGAUGAAGAAGGACAACGGUGCCGAGCGGAAGACAGAAGUCAUCCGGAAGCGUCUCCACAAAGACAUUCCCCACCAUUCGGUCAUCAUGCUCAACUUCUGCCCUGACCUCCAGUCUGUGCAGCCCAACCUGAGAAAGACCCACGGGGAGUUCAUCUUUCUCAUCGACAGGAGCAGCAGCAUGAGCAGGACCAGCAUCCAGUGCGUCAAGGAGGCCAUGUUGGUGGCUCUUAAGAGCCUCAUGCCGGCCUGUCUCUUCAAUGUCAUUGGGUUUGGAUCCACAUUUAAGACCGUCUUUGCUUCCAGUCAGAUCUAUAAUGAGGCAAACUUGGCCAAGGCAUGUGACUGCAUCCAAAGAAUACGGGCUGACAUGGGCGGCACCAACAUCCUCUCCCCUCUCAAGUGGAUCCUGCGGCAGCCAGUACACCAGGGCCACCCAAGGCUACUCUUCCUGAUUACUGAUGGGGCUGUGAGCAACACAGGGAAGGUUCUGGAGCUGGUGCGGAAUCAUGCCUUUUCUACCAGGUGCUAUAGUUUUGGGAUUGGACCCAGUGUCUGCUACAGACUGGUGAAAGGACUGGCGUCUGUAUCCAAGGGCAGUGCAGAGUUCCUGACAGAGGGGGAGCGGCUGCAGCCAAAGAUGAUCAAAUCCUUGAAGAAGGCCAUGGCGCCAGUGCUGAGUGACGUGACCGUGGAGUGGGUCUUCCCUGAGACCACAGAGGUCCUGAUCUCACCUGUUAGCACCAGCUCCCUCUUCCCUGGGGAACGGCUGAUGGGCUAUGGCAUCGUGUGCGACACCUCCUUGUACAUUUCCAAUUCCGGUCCCGACAAAAGGCGAAAGUACGGCACGCUGCAAGCUCAGGAGUCCAGCAGCUCUGUUUUCUAUCACUCUCAGGAUGAGGGACUUGGUCCGGGCAGUGGGAACUGUGCCAAAAUCUUCAACCCAGGGCAGACCCAAGAUGCCCAUCCAUGCAAUGGAGACUCCCCCUCCCAUCACGGUCUGGAUGUCUCCCGACGACGGAGGGCAUACAGCACCAACCAGAUCUCUAGCCAGAAGACCAGCCCAAGGCCCACCACAGCCAGCGACCCCACUGGGAUUGCCAGGAGACACCCACUGAGAAAAGCCAAGGUGCAGGACCUUGCCAAUCAGGGCAGCUCAGAGAGCCAGCGGUGGCAGAUUGAUCUGCAGCCCUUACUCAGCAGUGGCCAUGACCUGAGCCAGGGCCCCAGACUGCACGGCCCAGGGGCCCGCAGGCCCUCCCUACUGCCUCCAGGCUGCCAGCCCUUGCUGCUCUCUGCCCAGGAGCCCCAGGCCUGGAACCCUAUGAAGGAGCUGGACCCUGGUUCCAGCCCUAAGUCUGCCCCUGACAGCCGAAGCUCGGAGGAUCUGGAGCCACUGCAUCACCUCUCCACCUUUGAAACGGAGAUGUCCUCAGACUGGGAGCCCAUGGCUGAGUCGGAGGAGCAAGUCAGUCCCUGCAGGCCUGCCACCCCAGGCCCUGUACAGGGGAAGGCCUUAGUCAAAGGCCUGUGCGACAACCAGCGUCUGCAGUGGGAGGUGAGCUUUGAGCUGGAACCGCCAGCCCUGCAGAGGGAGGACGAGCAGGAUGCCGACAUGUGGAGCGAGACCUUCCACCACCUGGCAGCGCGUGCCAUCAUCCGUGACUUCGAGCAGCUGGCAGAGCGUGAGGACGAGAUCGAGCUGGGGUCCAAUCGCCGGUACCAGGUGAAUGCUGUGCAUACCAGCAAGGCCUGCAACAUAAUCAGCAAGUACACGGCCUUCGUGCCCGUGGACAUAAACAAGAGGCGGUACCUGCCCUCGGUAGUGAAGUACCCCAACUCCGGUGCCAUGCUCCGAAUGGUCAGCUUCCGGAACCUGACCCGACAGUGGAAAGGCUCAUCUUCUGGUGUUGGAAGGUCUCAGCCAAUGCUCAGAGAACACGCCUCGGCUGCAGGAGACAGCAAAUUCCAGACCCUAGCCCUAGAAGAAAGCCCUGCUUCAACCUUCAAUAAGAUCCUGUCCCCCGCCCAUGAGAAGGACACAGCUGCAGAAGGUCCUCCUCACAACCUGUCCUCCCUGAAGGCCUCUGAGGCUCUCUUUGGAUCCAAAUUGAAUCUCAACAAGCCCAGGCUGCUAACCCGAGCCGCCAAAGGUUUUCUCAGCAAAUCAAUGGCCAAGACCCCAGAGCCAACUCCGGGCAGCCAGAGCUUGGACUACAUACCGCUGGUGUCUCUGCAACUGGCCUCGGGAGCCUUUCUGCUCAACCAAGCCUUCUGCGAUGCCAUCCAAAUCCCCAUGGAGAAACUCAAGUGGACCUCACCCUUCAUCGCCCUCCGAAUGUCCCUCACCACCCGCCGGCACGAUUCGAAGAGCCAGAGUCCACAGCACAGCGUCAGUCUGUCCUCUCCGUCCCUACCCUACGACGAUGACAACCCCCUGGAGGCCGAAGCUGAAGGCAGCUCAGACCUGGAGCCAGGCCUGCUGUUGGAGCACACGGGGAAGCUGUGGGCCACCGUAGUGGCACUCGCGUGGCUGGAACACAGCUCGGCUUCCUACUUCAUCGAGUGGGAGCUGAUCGCUGCUAAGGCCAGCUCGUGGCUGGAGCAGCAGAAGGUGCCUGAGGGCCGCACGCCAAGUACACUCAAGGCCACUGCCCGCCAGCUGUUUGUGCUCCUGAGACACUGGGAUGAGAACCUGGAGUUCAAUAUGCUCUGUUACAACCCCAAUUAUGUGUAGGGAGGGGGAGAGGGACGGGCCAUUUGAGUUGGUAGGGGAACUUUUUGAAAGUGUAGCCAAUAUAGUGUUACUAGAAAAAGCCUUGCACACUGGCGGUGGGUGGGCCUGAAUUCAAUUCCAACCUUGCUACCACCUACUAACUUUAGAUAAGUCACUGUCCCAUCAGGGCCUUCGUUGCCCAUCUGCAAAACAGGAGGGUGAGAGAAGCUGUUUACUAGAUUUUUAAAUGACCCCAAUAUUCCUUCCAUUCAGACCUUCAAGCUCCAGAACUCGCUACUACUGGGAUAUGGCAAGAGAAACACACACACACACACACACACACACACACACACACACACGGGGUUGGGGGAGAGUUUUCCCUGGAGAAAGACCGUGUUGGUGCGCACGAGAGAGAGCAAAGCCCUCUCCAAUAAAAGGUAGAUAAGAAAAUCCAUCAAAGAUAAGCAACCAGAACCAUAAGCUUGCUCCAGACACCAAAAGACCUCCUCUGUUUAUUGCAUUGUGGGAUAGGCUUGUGUCUCCAUGGUAACAGUCCAGGGGCUCCAACUUCCACUAGGAAGCCAACCAAAGAACCAUCCCUCUCAAGACUUUGCAAGAAAUUCUUCCUGGUAGUUGAGUACUGCAUGGUAGGUACUAAGUUUGGCUUCCUGUCUAAGAAGAUGCAGGCAAGACCAGUAAUAGUUCCUGUCCAGCCAAAAUAAUAGAUUGCAGUCUGCAGAACUAGUCUAGAAUAGGCAAGCUCACAGGGGUCAGUGAAGAAGCCAGACUUAUUUCCAUGCCUUCCACUGUUGGAUAGAAUGACUCCAUCCAUUGGUACGGAGGGGCCUCUGUGUGCAUUGCAUUCUGGGAUAGUGGAGAUGUGGCCGUACCACAUUCUCAGGCAGAGAGAAAACUUGACAGCAGCAACAGAACAGGUUUGGCUGCAAUGUGUCUAGACACGAAAGGGGAUAGAAAGGCCUUGAAACUUUAAAGUGUGUGCUAUGGGCCACCCUCUGCCAAUCUGGGAACACCAUGUAAUAACCCUGAACUGGUGUCAAAGUGUCUAGUAUCUCCCCUUCCCCUUCACACUUCCUCAGAAGUGUGCCUAGAUCUCACCAAGGAAGGACACUAGCCCAGGACCCUAGACAGAAUCUGGGGACCCCAUAAAAUCCCCUUUUUCUAAGGUCUUAACAUGUCAUAUUUGUCUCCAAAAAACAGCCCCUGAUAUGAAGUCCUACAGUGUUUCCUUUUCAGUGAGACAAAUCUUGAUUAAACCAACCCAUGGGUUAUGGGCUGUGGGUUGGGGGACAGCUCCAUGAAGAUUCUAGUCUGUAUUGGGAGCCAGCGGCAGGGAUGCUUUCACAGAACACCCACUGAGUGAAGGGGCAAGAGACAGGCCCAAUAGGACCUGGAUGCUCUGCUCCCUGCCCUCAGGUCCUACUUUGCCCCCGGCUACACUGCUGCAGCUUCCCAGAGAGUCCCUCGCUGUCUGAGCGACCCUUUUGAAGAGGCUAGUCCCUACUUCAAUGAAUGCUUCCGCUUCCAGCUCACCCUCUGGGGAGAAACAGCUCCUGACCUCAGGUGGGGCAGAAUGAAAUCUUGGGCAUUGGCUUAGCAUCAGUGUCCCCAAGAGGGACAGGGAUUUAGACUGUCUUGCCUGAGGUCCCAAGGAGGUAUGGGAGAGACUUGUCAACUCCCCUGCUCCAUCAAAACCCCCACUACUUCAGCUCCGUGGCCAGCAACCCUUGUUUCUCCAGGAUGGCAAGGGUAGUGUCCCCUAUCUGGUCAUCAUGAGAGGAAAAUGGUCAGGCUGAGCGUCAAAACGUUGGAUCUCGAUCCCGAUGCGCCCUCAGACAGUGAGAGACUUCCCUCCCUUCUCUUGGCAUUUUAGAGUUCACACACUUCUUCCUGCUAACGUUCCCAGACUCCCUCUUGGUAAGCUUGGAUUUGCUCUACUUCUGAGUAACUUUUAACAUGAUGUCUGAGCACUUUAGAACUUCUCUCUUCCCCUAGCAACGAGCAAACUGGACCGCCUAACCGGCACCUACCCGUGAGCUUGAUCCCAGAACCUCAAAACCUGGAGAAGACAAUGGCCGUGGCUUAGAGCAGUCCAGUUCUCGCCCAGCAUGGAAUUAGCUCUAUGGGCUGCCUAGAGAGAUAGACUAUAUUCACGCAUCAGCUGCCAGAGCCCAGCAAUAUGUUUGAUGCAGAAGCCACCGCUGUUCUCUGCAGCCUGAACUCACCCUCCCAGGACCAUAGAACCAAGGAGCAGAUCCCCUGGUAUCCAGUAACCCAAGGACUGGGGGAGGGAGUGUCCAAACAAGAGGCAUUCGUAAAAACUGCUCCGGUGGUACUUCAAUGACUUGCAGCCUCGGUAACCACUGCUUGGCUUGCCAAGCAGAUGACCAAAAUUGGACCUUAAGGGAAAGAUCAGAGCCCUAGGUAGUGAGCACAUGCAUAGAAACUAAAGUGGUACAAAGAUGGAGGGGCCGUUGUUGUCCCUGCAAGCUAUGUGAACUUGAACUCAUUUCAUUUAGUUUUUUGGGCCAGCUUCGCUUUCCAGGUCAUGUCAAAGGGACACUGAUGCCCUCGCUGUGUGAAGAAAUGCCCACUGAGACUGUCUGGCCAACCUCUACACUGCUUCUCGUGGUAAAAACAUGGGCCAAGAACCGAGGAGCCUGUGGGUUGGACCCAACCCAGCCACCACUGCGUUGUGUGACUUCUGGCAAGUUGCUGUCUUCCUCCAAGGCCCUGCUUUAUUUUUUUAUAGAAUGAUAGGAUUCUACUAGGCGCCCGCUUCCAAGCUUGUUGUUACUCAUCUAUGAGAAACUUCUGUCUGUCAAACACACAGGGGGACACCUCAGAAAACAGACAUAUGCAGGCAAGGAAGCAAAAGGGUUAAUGGCACCACCACUUUCCAAGGAGGUCACCCAGAAGGCAGCUCUUUCAAAGGUACCCAGCUGAAAAACUGCUGGGGGGGGGGCUUUUCCCUGGGUUGGUACUGACAUCCAAACCACUUUUAUAGAGUGCUUGCUGUAUGGAAUGCAUACGAAGUACCUCUGUGGGCACACCAGGGGCCAUCCCUGUCCCUUGGGAGUCUGGCAAGGAGUACUGGAAGAGCUCCCACAACACCAGGGCUGGGUGUGUCUUGACUGACCAUUCUCCAGCGCCAUGAUCUUGCCGUGUGUGAGCGUAGCUUCAGCCUUGCAUUGUCUGAACACCGCUGACCCUAACUGGCAGAUCUCUGGGCACUUGGACAUUCUCACUGGCGUGAGGACAACUGGCCACAGUAACACAGAAAGGAGCGUCCAGUGUCCUUUGGGUCUACCGCCUGCCCUAGGCAGACUGUGUCAUUAAGGCUACUCAGCCGGGGGAGUCUGACUCUGGAGCCCAAGGAAGCUCAGUCUCCCACUUGGCUCACACUGCACUUGUGAAUUUGUGGUCUUGGUUUCCAGUCAGGCCUCUGUUUGAUGGUGUGUGUGUGGGGAGGAGGUUGCAGGCAGGAUUUGGAGGAAGCUCCUAGAAACCACACACACACCAACAUCUUUGAGGGCCAAAAUUCCUCUGCUGGUCACUGCCCCCACCUUCUCCCUUGGCAGGAACUCUUAAAGGAGAGGCUAUAGAAAAGAAUCUACCGUACCUGACCACAGUGGCCUCCUCCCCGGAGACUGGCUAUCCCAUCCCCCUGCCUGGCUGGAAUAAGCAUGACACCCCAGUACUUGUCAUUUGAGGUUUUAAAUCUUGUCUCGCUCUGACUCACUAACAUCUCAGAGUAACCCCAGGAGGAAGUGCGCUCUGCAUCCUUAGUGCCCCGAGACAGGAGAGGGAAGGUAUGUGUCCAUUGCCUCAGCAAUGGGAGGAGGCUUUUUUUAUAGCAGGAACUAAGGACAGCAGAGGCAACAAAGACACUCUCCUCCAUUGUAACAUUGUAACUCUCUCUACAGUGCCACCCAAGAUAACAGGGCCAUGCGUGGCAUUGUGCAGCUGAGUAACCUGAUCCACAGAGAUCUUUCCCCAGGCUGUGGACUUAGUGACCUUGCCCAGUCAGUACUACAGUUCCCUAGUGGGGAGUGCCCUGACCCCUGUGUCCACUUCUUCCCUGACCUGGUGACUCUAGCCUCACACCAGCGCUGCCUCCCCAGAUGACCUGAUACUACCUUUGUGAAAUGUCUCCUGUUGAAGCUGCAAUUCACCCAGAGUCUUGGUCCAGUCGUUCGGGGCUUACAGCCGCUUCUAAGGCAAAGCGCCUGUCUCCGUGCGUUCGUGUGGUGAUGUAUCAUUUUAACUUUUGCUCAGGUGGCUUUGGCUCAAGUGGCAUGGCCGGUGCUUGUCCCUGUCAGAGCCUCAAGUGCCUAUCACACGCUGCCCUGUAUUUUUCUCUGCUCACCCAAAUAACCCCACAGUGCCUGGGAUACUUCCUGCUUCUUGGAAAAUACAUUGCCAGCUUGCCUGGUGUAGCCGGUUACACUGAUGUUUGCAGAGGCCCUAGAUACCAGCUGUCUGAUUCCAACCACACUUAGCCAUGCCUACCCUUGGAUUAUGUGUGUGUAUCUAUUUUCAAAGGAAUGGCUGCUUUACCACGGUGUCUCCUGUCCUCCUCCAGGCUUUCAGCUCAUAAAAACUGUCCAUGUGACAAGA